CAGAACCAAGCGCAGGUAACUAAGAAAAAAAUAGCGAGGAGGAGAAAAAAACCCUUAGGGCUUGUUAUGGGGUUAGAGUGAAAGAAACCAAGAUUUUUUUCCAACCUUCUUUACCAGUUAAACCAGUAACUCUGGAUAGAGCACACAAGUACCGGAUCAGGUAGAGUCUGUGGUCGCAAACUCUUUCGUCCUCUCUUCGAAAAUAAUCUCCUUUUCCUCUUCGUUUACUGCAAUUGAAUUUCCAGCUCUUUUGUUUGCUUCUCUUAUCACUUGGAGAAAGGUGAACCCUCGUGUUAUUUUUUUUGGUCUUUGCUUUUAAUUGUAGUUUUUACCCUUGUGGUCCCUGAUGGCUUCGCACAGUGAUACUCUGGUGGUGUUCUUUGGGGCAACAGCUGGUGCAAAUGGGGGUAAACUGGGUUCGGAUGAGAGGGAAUUAAUUCUCUUGGUGUGGCAAAUUGUGGAUCUACAUGAGAAAAAGGUGGGGAAACUUCAGAGACGUCUAGUAAAGCCGGACUCGUUGGAUUUAACAGAACAAUGUAAAGAGGAUACCGGCCUGACCGUGGACGAACUUUUGAAGGCCGAACCACUGGACAGCGUUCUUCAACAGUUCCAGCAGUCAGUGUCUGCAGAAGUGAAAGCCCUUGGCAGAAAUUCUUACACUCUGUGUGUUGAUGGCCCUUUGAUAAUUCGACAGGUUCUCCACCCAGAAGCUUCCAAAAAGAAUUUGGUCUUGCCUGAGUGUUUUUACUCCUUCGUGGACUUGAGGAAAGAGUUUUACAAAUGCUGCCCCAAUGCAGGCCCCGUCAAAGACCUCACCGUGCCAUCCAUGCUGGACUAUGUAUGUAUACCUCCUGUUACGGAUCAAAUGGCGGGGGCGACGGAGGUGAACAACAUGGUCCUGAUCACGCUACACAUCCUGGCUGAGCCUUACAGUCACAAGUUCACAGGCUUUGAAGCUGUCAAGUACAAGUUUGAAUCAGGAGCAUGCAGCAAAACUGAAGCAGUGGACAGCGAGACGGUCAUCCGGGCCCGGGGGUUGCCAUGGCAGUCAUCCGACCAGGACAUUGCACGCUUUUUCAAGGGCCUCAACAUUGCAAAGGGUGGUGUUGCUCUGUGUCUGAAUGCUCAGGGAAGGAGGAACGGCGAGGCCCUGGUGCGUUUCAUCAACUCUGAGCACCGAGACAUGGCUCUGGAGCGACACAAGCACCACAUGGGCAGCCGCUACAUAGAGGUGUACAAAGCAACCGGUGAGGAGUUCCUGAAGAUUGCUGGAGGCACGUCCAACGAGGUGGCUCAGUUCCUGUCCAAAGAGAACCAGGUGAUCAUCCGGAUGCGGGGGCUGCCCUUCACCGCCACCCCCCAGGACGUGCUGGGCUUCCUGGGCCCCGAGAGCCUGGUGACGGACGGCACCGAGGGGCUCCUGUUUGUCAAGUACCCAGACGGGCGGCCGACGGGCGACGCCUUCGUGCUGUUCGCCUGCGAGGAGUACGCCCAGAGCGCCCUGAAGAAACACAAGCAGAUCCUCGGCAAGAGAUACAUCGAGCUGUUCCGCAGCACGGCCGCCGAGGUGCAGCAGGUGCUGAACCGCUACAUGUCCACUCCUCUGAUCUCCACCCUGCCGCCUCCACCCAUGGUGCCGGUUCCUGUGCUGGCGACCCCGCCCUUCCUGGCCACGGGCACCACGCGGGAUUGCGUCAGGCUCCGGGGCUUGCCUUACACCGCCGCCAUCGAAGACAUCCUGGAGUUCAUGGGAGAGCACACCAUCGACAUCAAGCCCCACGGGGUUCACAUGGUGCUCAACCAGCAGGGGCGCCCAUCUGGCGAUGCCUUCAUUCAGAUGAAGUCUGCUGACCGGGCCUUCAUGGUGGCGCAGAAGUGCCACAAGAAGAUGAUGAAGGACCGCUACGUGGAGGUGUUCCAGUGCUCCACCGAGGAGAUGAGCUACGUGCUGAUGGGGGGCACCCUCAACCGCAGUGGCCUCUCCCCACCACCCUGCAAACUGCCCUGUCUCUCUCCCCCGACGUACGCCGCCUUCACCAGCCCCGCAGCCCUCCUCCCUACUGAGGCCCUCUACCAACCCCCCCUGCUGGCCACGCCGAGAACUCCCCAGCCGGCCACGCACACGGCCGCCCCAGCCCUGGCCUACUACCCCCCUCAGCCACACGCCCAGCUCUACAUGAAUAUGAACAUGAACUACACAGCCUACUACCCCAGGCCCCUCAGUCCUCCCGUGUCCCCCUCCACGGUGAGCUACUUCGCGGCCCCCCCGGGCUCCAUGGCGGCGGCCGUCGCUGCCCAGCCCGCCCCUGCCAUGCUCCAGCACGGGGCGCAACACGGCGCACUGGUGCGCAUGCAGGGCCUGCCCUACAACGCCGGCGUCAAGGACAUCCUCAGCUUCUUCCAGGGCUACCAGCUGAGUGCCGAUGCCAUCCUGGUGCUGUACAACCUGACUGGCCAGCGCAGUGGCGAGGCCUUGGUGACCUUUCCCAGCGAGGAGGCGGCCAGGCAGGCCGUGGCCGAGCGCUCCAACCAGAACCUCUACGGUCACUCCGUGCGCCUGCUCUGCUGCAAGUGACCAGGAUGGAAGGACUGAGAGAGGGAGGGGGGAAAAAAAGGAAACGACAAAAAAAAAAUUACAAAAGAGAGGACUGCACUUCACCACUUCACUCCCCAUGCCGACUGCUUUGUUUUUCUGUGAGAACCAGACCAGCACCUCCAUUCUCUCUCUCCCUGCCUGCCUUACCCUCCUUCUCUCCUCUCCUCUUCUGUUAUUCUCCCACUGGAGGACCACCAACAUGCUACAUGUAUAAACUCUUAUGUACAUAUUGUAUUUAUAUAUACAAACGUGUCUCUAGAAGUCUUGCUCAAAGUGCCUGUGCUGUGUGCGUCAGUGUGUGCAUGAGAGAGUGCAUGUAUGGACUUGUGAGCAUGGAUUCUUAUGGCUCCACACUGUACAAACACCAUUCUCUAGUGGUGGAGACGAUAAAAAGAAAAAAAAAAUAUUCAUAAAGGCAUUGGAGUCCCUCAAAAGUUUGACGGGAUGUUUAUUUUGCCGAACAAAGUGCUGCAUUACGACAAGGAAAGCUCUUCCUAUUUAAAACUCGUGUCUUUGCUUGCCCCUUGGAUGAUGUUUGAUUUUCCCCCCUAACUGUAAAACUGACAUGCCAAGGCUGUUGCAAUAUAAUAUUAAAGCCAUAUGCUGUUAAUCACUUAGCCUUGCAGUGCACACUGGAUGGCAAAGGGAAAGCCAAAGCACUACUGAUGACUGUCUUGACUGGAUGGUCAUUCUAGUCCAAGCCACUGUGUGCAGAGGCGAAAAAAAAAAAGAAAAAAAUCAAAGCCAAAUGUGUCUGUGCUUUUUUGUUGCAGUAAGAAGAAAAAAAAAAGUUAUGUUAUUCUAUAGAAAGUGUCAAAGCACUGUAGAACUCGAGAAGCUUUUUAUACUUUGUAUCAGAUGCUAUAAUCAAGUAUAGACCAAAUGUGCCUCUAACUGUGUACUCUUUAGACUUGCAUGUCUCGUAAAUGUGAUUUAAUAGUUUAAUCCACCCAAUCCCCUUAAAAAAAGAUAAAAUAUGUUAUUUUAUUGAAGCCGGAGCUGAAUAUUUUUUGUCUGGUUUGCAUGCUUUUCAUUGUCAUCAUUAGAUUAUCAAAGAGGCUUUUCUUUUGUUGCGUUGAUUCUUAGAGGAUGUCAUUUGUAAAACACUUAAAGUGCCCUCCCCAACCCUCUCCCUUUCCUUAGGUUUUUUUUUUUUUUUUUUUUUUUUUUUAAACCAGCAACUUGGUCCAUGCUACGUCCUGUUCCUUCAUGACUGUGACAAGGCCACUGGGAGUGUUUCUCUUUCUUGAUUUUGCCAUGCCAGCAUCAUUCAGGGGGCAGUGUUAGCUGGACAAGGGUUGAGUGGGCCUGCAAUAGCAGUGCAUGUUUGUUUUUUUCCCCAUCCCCUGUAAACAAGUUUGAAACUUGUUUUGAGUUUAGAAAUGCUCUCUUUUGUGACUCCUGUAUGCUGACAAUAAAUCAAAAAUGCUCCUUGA